AAUACAAACAUAUUUAAUACAUAUACUAAAUUAAUUGUGUAGACAAAAUUCGAAAACCUUAAUCAAUCGAAGUGGCGUGUUCACACCGCAGUUGUCGCCUAAAGUUGAGAGAAAUGGGCUGUAUUAUGGAGUGGUUCGGCAUAUUUGCCACAAUUACUUUACUACUACAAAUAUUUAAAAAAGUUUUCCCGUGGUUUUACGAAAAUAUUCUCGCUCCUCGUUAUUCGAGGCUUUCACUGAAAAAGUUUGGAAAAUGGGCCGUGAUAACGGGAGCUACAGAUGGAAUCGGAAAAGAAUAUGCUAAAAAUCUGGCCAAAAAUGGCGUGAACGUUGUUUUAAUCAGCAGGACAAUAUCAAAAUUGGAAGAUGUUGCAAAAGAGAUCAAAGCAGAAUUCACCGUGGAGACACGUAUAAUUGAUGUUGACUUCAAAAAUGGUCCUGAAAUUUAUGAAAAAAUCGAAAAAAAUAUUCAAGACUUGGAAGUUGGGAUUUUAGUGAAUAAUGUUGGAAUGUCCUAUACAUCUCCAGAAUAUUUUCUUUCAAUUCCUAAUCGUGACUCGCUUCUUGUAGACUUGAUUCAAUGCAAUAUUACUUCAGUUUUAAAUAUGACUAAAAUGCUUUUGCCUAAAAUGGUGGAAAGAAACUGUGGUGUGGUCAUUAAUAUUUCCUCUUUAUCGGCUGUCAUUCCUGCUCCUUUGAUAAGUGUUUACGCCGCAACAAAGUCUUUUGUUGAUAAAUUUUCAGAUGAUUUAGCAACAGAGUACAAAAAUCGAGGUAUUGUUAUUCAAAGUGUAUUGCCCGGUCCUGUGGCGACAAAUAUGUCCAAAAUCAAAAAACCGACGUGGAUGGCACCUUCAGCAAAACAAUUUGUAGGUUCAGCAAUCAAGACUCUAGGAAUUUCGUCUCAUACUACUGGCUAUUAUCCACAUUCAAUAUUGAAAUUAUCUAUUGACGCGAUUGAUUUUUUUUCUCCGUCAUAUGCUCGCAAUAUUUCAUUAAAAACGAUAGAAAACAUUAGAAAAAGAGCAAUUAAACGCAAAGAAGCUAAUAGAAACAAAGAUAACAAAAACAACUAAACAAAUUGUUGUACAGAACACAUACAGAAUAUGAAAUUGAAAAAAUUCAUAUUACUUAUUAUUUUUUAAAUAAUUCAACACAAAUUAAUAUAAUUUUUGAGUCACACAAUAAAUAUAUAUUUGUUUUUA